CAAAUCGACUAUUGUUCUUCUACACGAUUAAAGGCCCUUCAACUCUGUUGCGGCAAUGCAGAAAGCGAAGCGUACGGUAGAACAAGACUAUGCAGUGGUUGGAACGUGGGAGGAUACAAACAUCACCCUAUCCGUAUUAGAGCAUUAUAUACCGAAAUUUUUCAAACAUGCGAAAGUUGUUUACUAUAUGGGUAAAGAGCAAUUGUCGAAAGUUAAUAGGAAUCCGGUGAAACGGUCAGUGAGUCAGGAAACACGUGAGAUCCUUAGCAAGAACUUAACCAAUGAAAUUGAGUUUUAUGAGUUUUGCAAACAGCGUCUAUAUUUGCAAUAUAGUGCGAUCAGUAAUUUCGGCAGAAUAGACAAUGACGACUAUGUGCUAUUACCGCAGCACAGUGAUGAUGAUGAGAUAUACGAUGAUGAUUACUAAUACAUACAUAAGUAUG